ACUAGAACCGGCGCGAAGAGACGAUCCCACUCCCUUCGAAAUGUCUAUAAAGAAGUGAUUCGAAAAUCUAAUCAAACCCAUGAAAAAUAAAAACUUAGAAAAAUGUUCUUCUCGCGAAUUGAAUAAAAUUUGCAUUACGUUCCUUUCAAUCCGUUCUUCAACCAUAUAAUCGUUAAUCGGUCAGAUAAAUAUUGUUCCAUGAUAUAUCGACUCUUGCGCAGAAUCGAGUGCUUCGUAAGUAUCAGGUGUUGAGUAAAACUGACUACUAAAUAUAUACGUCGAGGCACGCGGUCUCGCUACCGAUUUGGAUUUUAGUAGAAAUCCGAAAGCUUACAGUUACAAAAUAUCAUUUCCAUUCUUCAAUCAUAAAUCGUUCAAUUUUCAAGAAAAAAAUUACCACUGAAUCUCUCAAAAGUCACUGCGUCUAAAGUACAAUUAAUAAAUUCCAGUAAAUAUUUAAGUUAAUUUAAUUUACAUAAUGAAUAAAACUGCGAAGUGAUUUGUGAAGUGAUUUGACCUAUCAAUAACGAACCUGUGUCAUCAGUCAAUUUUGCAAGGAUUAUCGAUCAGUUAUUAAAUGUCCAGAAUAAAAAAUGGAUCUGAAAAAGUCGGAGAAAUUAACAACGUCACCGCUCACCCAGCGAUUGUUCAUCAAACAAGAUCCACAGGAUGAAGAGGCAUCAGAUUGCCCACUUCUAACGCCAAGUCCACCACUCGGUACCACACCAGAUCCCCUCGAAACUCCAACAAUGUUCAAUCCACUCGAGGACACUCCCUUAGAAAUGACACCAACGCCCACACUCGAUAAUUUAAACUCUGAAGAAGGUCUCAAGGCAUUCAUCGAUAUUGUCAACAGCAGCAACAAGAAGCACAUGAUCGAAGAAGAGCCUAGUUCACGUGACCCCAUGGUGGAGUCCAGCAGCAGUGAGGAGAGCAGUAGUCUUACCAAGGAACCAGUUUGCACGCAAUUGUUGACGCAGUUGAACACUGCAUAUCAACAUUUAGCUCCGGAUGCACAAGCAAUAUUCUACAAUCAAGAGACGAGUGGCAAACCACCACUGGUUGGAAUUCAGCUCGUGGUGCCAAAGCCACCAAAGGAUUACAGUUUUACAAGGUGGAAUUGGCCAAGAAUACGUCAGGCAUGCUUUUGGUUGAUGGUUUGCGUGUUGACAUUGAGCACGGGACUUGUCAUCAGAGGAAUUGUAUUAAUGCCGAAAAAAUGUGCCCCACCCACAGAAUGGUGGCAAGGCAAGCUUUUCUACGAGAUAUUUCCGGGCUCCUUUCAAGACACUUCUCGAAAUGGUGUCGGUGAUAUUCGAGGUAUCACAAUGCGCAUGGAUUACCUACAGCACCUGGGUGUCAAAGCAAUCCGCUUGAACUCAAUAUUCUCUUCCUCCGGGUAUCCAGAGCACUACCCAAGUAUAACGAGUCUCACAAAAAUCGAUCACAACUUGGGAUCGAUAGAGGAUUUCGAGGAGCUAGUCGACACUCUACAUAAAAAUGGAAUGAGUUUGAUUCUCGAUUUUCCUCUGCAUCCUUUUGUGGAAGAAUUGAGGGGGGGAUUCAUGAAGAGGACUGCAGUGAAGUCUCCAGGAAUGGAGAAGACAGAGGGAAGACGCAGAAGGAAUAUUGAAAUCAAACCCACAAUAACAACAACAACAACAACAACAACAGAAUCUUCAACUAUAAACAACGAAAUUGCAAAAACACCAACAACCCCAUUGCCAUUUUUGAACAUGACCAAAGACGAGCCAAAAUCCGAGAGAUACGUAGCCUCUAAUUCCGUGGAUCCGAAUCAAGCUGAGCACGAGGUGACAAAAGCCCUGAAAUACUGGUUACGAAAAAGAGUAGAUGGAUUCUACCUGAAGGGUCUAGAGCACUACGUCAACGACAUCCACUUCGUUCACCUCCUCGAGGACUGGAGAGACAUCUUGGGAUAUCAGAAGAUCCUAAUCUGCAAUUGGAAGACCCUCCAAUCCGCGAAAUCGGAGGUCGUCAGGAAAACCAUUGUCGGCUCGAUAAAUCUACUGGACGUGACGUUGAAGCUAUCUAAUGGAACGAAGGAUAUAAAGAGGCAGGUGGAGCUGAUCACGAAGAGUGAUUUGUUGAGAGAGCCUAGUAUCGAUCAUCCUUGGAUUCACUGGUCGAUUGGGAGUGUCGAGACUGAUAGAGUUAUCUCUAGUUUACCGGUUAAAAAUGCCAGCGCUGCUGUUAGUUUGUUGGGGAUGAUGCUGCCGGGGACGCCUAGCAUUUUUUAUGGAGAUGAGAUUGGCAUGAAGGAUUGCAGUUGUGAAGAUCAUAGUGACCUCCAACAUCUGCACAAUGUUCCCCCGAUGGCCUGGGAAGCGGUGAAAGACUCAGUCGAGAGAUUUUCAUCAUCUAACGUUAUGCCCUGGCUCCCAGUUACACCCCCAGACACCCCUAGCAGCAUGGCCGAGACGGUAGUUUCAAUGUCCCACUUACGACAGACGACUACACCUAUUUUCGUCGACACAGCACUCAAGCAUGAUCACAUCAGCGUCAAUUGCGACGUCAGAUACGCUAAUGAUGAACUCAUCGUCGUUGAGAGAUGGUAUCCUCGUCAGAAUACUUAUGUUCUUGUCGUGAAUUUGGGGAAUGUGACGCAAGUGAAGGAUUUAUCAUCACUUUAUUACGAUGGACGAGUUGUCAGUGGUCCUUCUAACAAAUUGAAUCAAAGUAUUUACUUUCGGGAAUUCGUCAUUGCACCUGGCGAAGCAUUUUUAAUAAAACUCGAAAAAUGACCCGUUAUUUAUAUCUAAAAUAUUGAUUUACAUUGAAAUCAUGAUUUUGCUGAACUGACAACACAAUUUGUUACGAUUGCACAGAUCAAUGAUUUGCUCAAUUUUUCCGUAAUAAUCUGAUGAUCAAUACUGUUCGACACAGUGACAAAACAAAAGGUGACAUUUUUAUGAUUAUGAUGCUGUGCUGAUGCUCAAUCAAGGGGACAUUGGUUUUCAUUUUUAAUCUUUGCAUUAUAUUUUUUUACUGAUGAACAUUUUGAAAGGUAAACGAUUAACGAACCAACGAAUAUCUCGAUACUUAUCAGACUUUAUUGUUCGAUAAAAUAUCUGUAUUUCUGAUGAACCAUUAAUUUUUAAUAGUUUAUUAUUACGAAAUAAAUUGAACUUGUUGAUAACAAAACA